AUGGCGUUACAAACAGCAAUACCUAAAACAUUUCGUCUAGUGACAAUUAAUGUCCAUUCAUUUAAUAGUGCCGUAGGACAUAAUAAUAAUGUUAAUGAGUUAGUUUCAAUUCUCAAACCACUCGAUCUUGAUUUAUUGGCUGUUGAGGAAGUAGAAAAUGGUAACAAUUGGAUAAAAUUUUGUCAUGAUCUUUCUUUGAAAUAUUUUAAAUUUGAUGCAACUUAUGGAAAGUAUCAUGGUAAUGGUAUUGCAUCACGUUAUCCCAUUAUAAAUGCAUCUACUCGACCGAUUGAUUUUCGUUGUUCAGGUGGUAAGCGAUCAAUACUUGAAUUU